CCUACGGUCCAAUACGCUGGGUGCGUUCUCAGAGAAAUGUUAAGCGCAUUAGAUCGUCACAAUUUUCAAAGAAAAUAUCGUCCUAAAGAAAAUCAAAGUGUCGAAUUAAUUAAUUAUUGACUGCGUUCAUUGAUCUUGUAAAUAUUUUCUUGUAAAUACACGGUGCACAGUGCGAACUCUGAAUAUACACACACACGCACACAUUAUAUAUAUAUAUAUAUAUAUAUAUAUAUAUAUAGAUGCGUGUGUGUCAGUGAAGUAAACAUGAUUAUAUAUAGUAUAUGAGACGGUUAUGAGUUUGUAACACACACAGUCUGGAGGCUGCCACUCCCGUACGAUAUUAUUUAUAGAAUUUCUUUGCGCUUUUUAUCGAUAAAGAUAAUAAAAUGGAAGAUAUAUUUCAAUGGUGUCGCGAAGGAAAUGCUAUGCAAGUUCGCGUUUGGUUGGACGACACUGAACAUGACAUGAAUCAAGGCGAUGACCAUGGAUUUAGCCCGCUUCACUGGUGCUGUAAAGAAGGCCACCUCAAAUUGGCAGAGCUGCUAGUUAGUAGAGGAGCACGCAUCAAUGCUACUAACAGAGGAGACGACACGCCGCUUCACCUUGCCUCCGCUCAUGGACAUAAGGAAAUCGUUCAGUUGCUGUUGCGAAAUAAGGCGGAUGUAAAUGUUACCAACGAGCAUGGAAAUACCGCCCUUCAUUAUGCGUGCUUUUGGGGGGACCAAGCUGUCUCGGAAGAGUUAGUGGCUGCCGGUGCCUUGGUAUCAAUAGCUAAUAAAGAUGGCGAUACUCCUCUUGAUAAAGCCAGAGGACAUUUGGCAAAGAGAUUACACGACAUGGCGGUGGAGCACGGGCAAGAUUUAAAAAAAAUUCAAUUUAAGGAUCAAAGUUGGCUGGGAUUAAAAACUAGGAGUAGAGAUGCCACUCUAUCCAGACACAAAGGUAUCAACAUGGCGGAUCUUGCCUUGCAUACCCAUUUGGCGAGUACUCCGAGCGGAGAAACUUGGAGAGGACGUUGGCAAAAUAACGAUAUCGUGGCAAAAAUUUUAAAUGUGCGCGAGUGUACAGCGCGUAUAUCCAGGGAUUUCAAUGAAGAGUUUCCUAAACUUCGAAUAUUUUCCCAUCCAAACGUUCUUCCCGUUCUCGGAUGUGUCAAUCAGCCACCACAAUUGGCGACUGUUUCACAAUACAUGGCCAGAGGAAGUUUGCAUAGGCUUUUACAUGGGGGUACUGGCGUCGUCGUUGACACGGCGCGUGCUCUUAGAUUAGCUCUCGACGUGGCAAGAGCUAUGGCCUUUCUUCAUGGAUUAGAAAGACAAAAUAGAUGCAGAUUUCAGCUCAACAGCAAACACAUUAUGAUCGACGAAGAUUUAACCGCUCGAGUUAAUAUGGCAGAUUCGAAAUUCUCUUUCCAAGAGGUUGGACGCAUAUAUGAACCAGCGUGGAUGUCUCCGGAAGCCCUUAGCAAAAGACCCUCUGAUAUCAAUUUGGAAGCUAGCGAUAUGUGGAGCUUCGCUGUUCUUUUGUGGGAACUUGCUACGAGAGAAGUGCCCUUCGCCGAUCUCUCACCCAUGGAAUGUGGAAUGAAGAUAGCGUUGGAAGAACUGCGCGUUAGCAUACCACCGGGAAUCUCGCCGCAUCUUGCCAAAUUAAUAAGAAUUUGCAUGAACGAAGAUCCAGGGAAACGUCCGUCGUUCGACAUGGUCGUACCAAUUCUUGAUAAAAUGAAACGUUAAAUGAUGAUGAACAUUAAACCUUCGAAAAAUUAUCAUUUCUAUCAUGUCAAAUCAUUCCUGGUAAAAAAGCCUAUGGAAAAUUGAAGAAUUUCACUCGCUAUUCUUUAAAAUACUUGCAAUAUUGUUUCGAAUAAUUACAAGGAUAUAACAUAUUUUAUAUUAUUUUAUAGAAAUUAAAACGCUACGCGUGUCUCGAAAAUGUACACUAAUCUUAACUGUCCCUUUUGUAUAAUCGUAUCGUUAUCGAAUAUGAUAUACACACGUAUGUGCCACACGCAUGUAAUUAAGAUCUUUACGAACGUUGAGAAGACGAUAUUUAAUUACUAACAUCGAUGAUAUUUUUCUAAAACAAUAUUAUAUUAUUCAGUUCAAGUUUGUCCUACGCAUUAAACGAUUAAACAACGAUUGAAAACUU